AUGUCGCGCAAGCUAAAGAAGACCAAUCUGUUCAGUAAGGAUGUUGCGCCUCUUAUGUAUGCGUAUGGAGAUAGCCCGCAGCCCCUGCCGGAGACAGUGCAAUGUGUGGACGAGUUGGUGACGUCGUACCUGACGGACAUAUGUGCAAACGCAUAUCGAUGCGCCCAGACAGUGCAUCGGACCAAGAUAAAGGUCGAGGACUUCAAGUUUGUGCUGCGCAAUGAUCCAGUGAACCUCGGCAGGGCAGAGGAGCUGAUAAUGAUGAACAAGGUGAUUGCAGACGCCAGAAAGCAGUUCGAUAAUUCGGAGGGCAAAUCGCUGAAGCGCGUCAACAAGGACGAGGAUCUAGAGGAUAUCCCAGAGGAGGACGGCGAAGAUAUGGGCGGUAUGGGCCCGGGCAGCGAGCUUGCUGUGGAGGAGACAUCGAAGCGGGGGCGAAAGCCGAAGAAGCGGAAGAACGCCAAGGGCUCGGUGUAG